GUGUGUGUGUUGACAUACCUCAGCAUUAAAUCCUGAGGCUGUGAUCGGCCCGGGGGAGAAAUUCAACCUGCAAAUUCAAAUUAACCCCCAACACAAACACACACACACACACACGCAUGCAUGCAUAAUUGUGUGUGUGUGUGUGUGUGAAUGCAGCUGCCAAUCAGGUCGUCUGUGGGCGGGGCAUCAGGGUAUAAGUGUGUGAGGUGAGCAGCAGCAGCAGGUGUUCAGAUCAGGACAGGUGAGGAGGCAGAGACACAGGUGAACACAGACAAGAAGAAGAAGAGAGAUUCCAAGAUGGCGUCCUUCGUCCCGGAGCAGGGCCUGUCCCCCCCCCCACUGUGUGGACGCUCCCUCCCCCAGCAGGAGCUCUCCUCCCUGGGCCUGGAUCCGUCUGACUUCAGCCUGUACAGUCCUCCAGCUCCUCCAGACUGCAGCCUCUCCUCCUCCUCCUCCUCCUGCUCCUCUUCUUCUUCGUGGCUCCCACCGAGCGGUGACCCCCACCUCUGCUUCACCAGCCCCCCCUCUGUGACCCCCCCAGGCCUCCUCCCCCCAGUGUUCGGAGGCUUCCUCCCCCACCUCUACGGUUCUCCCUGGUUCUCCGUCUCCUCCCCGGGCGACGUGCUGCGCCUCGUCCGCCCACCCUACUCCUACUCCGCCCUCAUCGCCAUGGCGAUCCAGAGCGCGCCGAACCAGCGGCUGACCCUGAGCCAGAUCUACCGCUACGUCGCCGACAACUUCCCCUUCUACAGCUGCAACAAGGCCGGCUGGCAGAACUCCAUCCGCCACAACCUGUCGCUCAACGACUGUUUCCGGAAGGUUCCCCGCGAUGAGAACGACCCAGGUAAAGGAAACUACUGGACUCUGGAUCCAAACUGUGAGAAAAUGUUUGACAAUGGAAACUUCCGCCGCAAGAGAAAGAGGAAGUCUGACAACGUGACCACUGGAAAGAAGCCCUCCUCCUCCUCCUCCUCCUCCUUGUCUGACUCCUCCUCAUCAGAGCCCAGCCCUAAAAUUCCCAGCAUGCACUGCAGCAGCAGCAGCGGUGGCGGCGGCUCUGACCUCCCUGCCCUCUCAGACACCUCCUCCGGCCUCAGCAGCCUCCUGUAUCACCUCCAGGACUCCCUCCUUCUCCCCCCUCCUCCUCACGCCAGCUCCCCAUCGCUGUGCAUGCAGGUACCGGACCACGCCUCCUCCCCCCCUCCCCCUCCUCAGGGAUACACCUCCUCGUACUCGCCCGGCGCUGUGGUGCCACAGUGGGACACCUGCAGCUCCUCCCCUCCCCUCUUCUCCUUCCUCCAUCACUCCUCUCCUCUUCCUCCUCUCUUCCCUCCUCCCCACUUCCCUCCCCCCUGGCCAACCCUCAGGCCAGCUCCCCGCCGCUCUAUGUCGACCUGCAGACGGCGCCCGGUCCUCUGCCGGAGCUCCAGCAGACCCAGCAGCUGCAGCAGCUUCAGGCCCAGUGCGAGCCUCUGUUCCCUGGGGGCUUCGCUGACCCUCUGCCCCUCGACGCUCUGGUUCUCCAGCAGUGAGGCUGAACGUCACGUGUUUACACUGUUUGUUGAAUUCAGAACACUGAGCUCACCGUGA